AUUUUCAGGCUGUGCAGUUGACGACAAAACCCCAAACACCUCGACAGCCCUCGAAGUCGACUGCCGGUCCCCAGCAGAAAGAUGCGUGUCGAGAACUGCUUCUUUUGCGGGAGGCCCGCGUGGCCCAGCAAGGGCAUUACAUUCAUGAGAAAUGACGGCAAAUCCUUCCGCUUCUGCCGUUCCAAGUGCCACAAGAACUUCAAGAUGAAACGCAAUCCCCGCAAGCUCAAGUGGACCAAGGCGUACCGCAAGAACGCGGGCAAGGAGAUGGUGGUGGACAGCACGCUUCAGUUCGCGGCCCGGCGCAACGUCCCGGUCCGCUACGACCGCGAGCUCUGGGCCAAGACGCUCAAGGCCAUGGAGCGCAUCAGCGAGAUCCGCGCGCGCCGCGAGCGCAUGUUCUACAAGAAGCGCAUGGCCGGCAAGCGCGCCCGCGAGGUCGCCGCCGCCCGCAAGCUCGUCGCCGAGAACGAGCACCUGCUGCCCCGCCUGCGCGGCAGCGAGAAGAGGCGGCUGGCCGAGCUGGCGGCCGAGCGGGGCGUCGAUGUCGAGGAGCUCGAGCGCGAGGAGCUGGCCAAGCUGCGCACCAGCAAGAAGACCAAGGCGUUUGGCGGCGAGGUGCGCAGGCUCAGGGUGCGGACGGACGGUGGGGUCGAGGAGAUCACCGAGUCGGCGGCUGGUCAUAUGCACGAGGACGUGGACGACGACGACGACGCGGACGACGACGAUAACGACGACGGGAUGGAUACCGACUGAGGAGAUUUCUACCAUCGAUGCCGACACUCCGCGGCGCCGUUUACCGGUCCAUCUCUACCUUGCUUCCCUUGGGUCCAGAUACCGCCACGGUAACAGACACCGUUGUCACCCCGUAUUUGGUGAUACCAGGUUUUUAAUGAUUGGCAACCGUUGCCGAUCAUCGCUUUCGGACUCGCCAGGGGAAAGAAACAGCUUUGAAGGGCUCAACUUCUGCGAGUUUCCCCUAGUUUUAGUGGUCCCCACGUCGUUGACCCGUUGUGUGCCACUCAUAGACACCAUUGGUUGGGAAAUUGGCGAAAUUGGCGUUAAUGGAGGAUAGUUGUUACAGCCACGACUUGUGAUCAGCUACGCAUGCUUGAUACUCCUGGGGGCUAAGAUCGAGGACGGCAAGAAAAACGUUGGCUACUUAUACUCGGGCGGACCGGUGAUUGUGAGAUUCUGUUUUGUUCUCGGGUUUUGUGACGCCUGGAGCGAGAGCCAAAUGCUGCUGCCGGCUUUCCUUCUCGCCCCAGGAAUACAGGAUGCGGUGUGCGCGUGCACAUGGAACUUUAGAAACAGAGGUUUAUUGAGUACAUAUUAUUAGAUUCAUGU